AUGACUGCAAUACACGACCUGCCGGUGGAGAUCCUGGCGACGGUGCUGGGCCAUCUACAUCCUCGAAGACUCAUCCUUUGCCGCCUAGUAUCGCGCCUCUGGAAUGAACUGGCAGAGAACACGCCCAAGCUGAAGUACAGCGCUGAGCUGUGGCGCGAUGGGCUGCUUCCUGGCAAUACUGGGGCCGCCAAUCUCAACGAAUGCCUCGCGGAUUUGGUGGCGCGUCGCGAGGCUUGGCGCCAAGUGCAAGAGACCGCGAAACGCGUUGUCAAGAUGCAGCCACCAGAUGCGUGUCGCGCGCACGAGCUUGGCGGCGGAGUGUUCGUGCUGCAGGAAACGUUGGGCAAACUGAAUGUUCUGCGCCUCUCCAAGCUCCACACAGCGAAUGAUAGCAACGUUGACGACGCGUUGAAGACGUGCGAGCUGGGCAUUUCGAUGGAAAACUUCCAGGACUUUGCGCUCGAUGCGGGACAGGACUUGCUUGCGAUCUUCUCGGUCAACGACGACGCCACGGGUGUACUGGCCUUGCGCAAGCUGUCUGACCCUCUGGUAGCACAUCAUUUGGCGAGCCAGCCGGAGAUCUACUUUAUCUGCGCUGCGGACCACGCCACCUACAUGACAAUGCAAGUUUUGGACGAUGUCGUGGCGAUAUACCUCCAUUCUGGUUGGCGCCUGUUGCUUUUCGACUGGCAGAAAGGGAAAGAAGUACUCUCGCUGGACUUCGCCGGCGACCCUGAAUACGCGCCAUGGGAAGUGUCGGACUGCUAUAUGCUCGCCCCGCGGCUGAUGUUAUUCGUCGGCAAGGGCUGCACGACCAGGGGCGAUCAUACUCAUAACGGGUCAUUGCGACUGUAUCUCAUUUCUGACUCCCUCGAGCCUGCGGAGGUCAAGGUCGAGCUUUUUGCGUCACUGCAUUUGCCAUUGCUGUCGAAUGUGUACUGCUCGCUGACGCAGGUGACAAUUCAAGCCGGGCCGUAUAUUUCCCAUCCGCCGCCCGAUGCGCCGUACUACCAGGCGAACGAUCGCAGAAUCAUAUCCUUCGUCAUGCGAUACGAGCCGGGCGAUUGGGUCCGGCUUUUUCUCCAUAUUCGGACCGUGUUGGCACUGCUGGAUGAGUACCGGCAAAAGCGGGAGGUUAUUGAGCAUGAAUGGGAAGGGUGGGGCCCACAGCAUACGAGGAUGCUGCGCGGACUGCGCAAUUGGUCUCCCCGGUAUGUCUUCAUCCUCAAGGUCAUUGAUGACCGUUCACAUUUGCAUAGCCACGUCCACGGUGAAUGCCUCAUUUUGCCCACCCCCGCGCACGACUGUCGCGGCCUUCGCUUUCUCGACUUCAAUGUACACGUUCCGCCUGGAACCGCUGUCUCUGAGGAAGAUCGGUUCUGGGGCGCCGACGAUCCAGGCUUCAUGCCGCACGUGCUUGAAGUGGACGACGCGCCUACUGUUCGCGAUCCUCGUGAUCGCGAGCCGCUGGCUGACCUGGACGUGCUGCACAGUGGCGCGAGUAACCUCCAGAUUACCAUUGUCGUGAGCGUGCCUGCGCCGAGGGACGACCCGGGGCCGGGGAGCGAUGUCGAAGAGGACGAUGAGGAGGAUUCCGAAGGGAAAGUGGAUGGCCCAGGUAGUGAAGAAGGCCAGACAGCGGCCGACGUAGAUUCUUCGCCGCCCAGCUCGCCUAACGCGAUGGACGAAUACGCGGGGCUGUUCCAGCAUCCGGUCCGAACGACCCUGCCGUAUCGCGAGGUACAGCGUGUCAUUUCAAAAGAGGACGCAGAGGACGAUGAAGGGGGUGAAGAGUACGAGAUGUUCCUGAUGGAUGAGCGGAACAUCAUUGCGGUGGAUGGCCAGAGCCACGGCCAGGAAAUCGUGGUGCUGAAGAUGUGCUAA